AUGCGAGUCGAUGGGGAGGUACUUGAUGACUGGGCAAACGAUAUAUGGCGGAGGAAGUACCUUUCCAUAGCCCAGCACUUCAUCGCGCCAAUCAUCCCAGAACGUGCCUGGCCAGGCCUUGACGAGCCAACCUGCAAGAGCGGCAGUGGAUAUGAGUGCGUGUGCUCACGGAGUGCCUGGGUGCUGAUGAUGGUGGAAGAGCGUGAAGACCAUGGACGCCAACCUGGCUACUUCGACAUGACCGCACGGCUUUCAUGGGCAUCUACCAAGGACAUCUGGACAUCUACCAAAAAGGAAAAGAGAAGAGAGGAGAGGGCUAUCCUGCGCUUGUCUAUACAGGAGUAA